UGGCCUUAUUGGUCUCUUCCGAGUUCUUAGUUCAAGUAAGCUUAUCAGAGAUUUUGAAUUGUAAGUCGUGCGAAUGCAAAUGCUAGCUCCAAUACGACCUCGUUUUGGUGGUCUAUUGAACCCGUCAUGGUUCAACACCUUCAGAGGCCUCCGAGCUCUCUCUUCUUCUUCCUCCGCCUCUGCCAACCAGUCUCGUGGCGGUCUCCCUCGUUUCUUCUCUGAAGUUCUCCCCACUACCAAGGGUAGUGUUGUUCGCGUUCAAGGCGAUGAAUUCUGGCAUAUGACUAAAGUUUUAAGAUUGGGCAUCAGUGAUAGGGUAGAGCUCUUCAACGGGAAAGGAGAGUUAAUAGAAGGCUGCAUUGAGAGGAUUGACCGCUAUGGGAUUGAUUUUGUAGCAUUGGAAGAUCCCAAGUUUCUUCUUUCACAGAACACACAGUGGCAUGUAUUUGCAGCCUUUGGGUCUCUAAAGGGCGGUCGAGCAGACUGGCUUGUUGAGAAAUGCACGGAGCUGGGUGCCAGCAGUGUAACCCCGCUGCUGACAGAGCGUUCUUCGUCUAUCUCUGAAAAUCGGGUGGACAGAUUGCAGCGUGUAGUUUUAGCAGCAACUAAACAAUGUCAACGGCUACAUGAGAUGAUUUUGAAUCCUCCUAUGAAGAUUGAGGACCUUCUACCUACAGUUUCCCAGUCAACGCUAUCUUUUGUAGCGGCAGCAGAAGCCACUCCUCUUGUUAGUGCAUUGACCACUUUGAGUGUACAGCCAAGCGGACUGAUCAUAGUUGGAUCAGAAGGGGAUUUCACAGAGAAAGAGUUGAACAUGAUAACAGGAUCAGGUGCCUCAGCAGUAGGUCUUGGGCCUCAUCGCCUGCGUGUUGAAACAGCAACAAUGGCACUUUUAGCAACCUUAAUGCUAUGGUCUGAUUCUCAGCAAACAGUUGAUUCUUGAUCUCUACAAGGCAAAAAGCCUCCAUUACGUUGCUCCUUUCUAUUCUUUUGUAUGUGUCGUGUCUCUUAUUUCUCUUGUUAUUACAGUAUAUUACCUAGGUAAGGAUUUUGAAAAUUUGGACCAGUAAUUACUACCAAAAUCAUUGUCUAGUAGUAACCAUCGUCUCCUCCUCCUGUCACAUUGAUUAUUUUAGAUUGGCUACACUUAAAGUUUCAUCCUCAUUUUAUAUUCCAUUCAAUGUUUAUGGAAGAUAUAUAUUUAUUAA